AUUUCCGGGUGACGUCGGUAGAUGGUGCGACGGUUCGCUUUAAAUCACGUGUGCUAGUGUAGUACGUCCCCACUGUACGUAGCGGUCACUUUUAAAUCUGACUCCGAACGAAGAUGCAGGGCGAUCGUCAACUGCCGGGAGAUAUUGAUGUAGAAGCUGAUAGUGAUCAAUUGUAUAUCACUGAAGAAGAAGAAGAAGUAGAAAUUGAAAUGGAAGAAGAGGAGACUAUUUAUGAGGGAGCACAGGAUAAUUCUGUUGAAACUAGAAUGAUAGGAUCAUUUCCAGUUUCUGAAGACCCAGAUACAGAAAGAAUGGAUGAAGAAGAAGAAGAAACAGCUCAAGUAAAAACAGAUGAUGAAAAAACAGAUGCAGAAGAAGAAGAAAGAGAAAUGAAUGACCAGAACACAGAAUUGGAAGCAAAACUUCACGUAUCAACAGUCGGAAAAUGUUACAUUUGUGAAGAAAUAGGUCAAGUUUACAGCAGCAUAUACUUAUGUUGUGAGUGCAACCCAAAAAUUGAAGAACUGGUUGAAAAGGGGUCAACAGUCUUCUGCCGUGUUGGAUGUCCCAAAAAUUGUUCUUCCUGUCUUCUUUCUAUUGUUUUCCAAUACUUGAACGUGGACGAUAUUUCUACAUAUGAAAAAAUCGAGUACAAUUCGGAAUUAAUGAAAGAGUAUGUGGAUGGAGGAUCUAAAGACAGGUCUUUGGAAGUAAAAGGUGCUGAUGCUCACUUUGCCAAAUACAUGGAUCGGUGUUGGGAGCGAUAUGUUCAAUGGAUCUGGGAGCAGAAAGACAUCUUUCAAUUGAACGUCAACCAAGCGAUCGUUCUUUUAAAAGCAAAUGGCAACAAAGGAAGAUACCUAACAGCAAUAGCCGAUCAGGUAGGCAAAGGCCCAGCCUUCAAAGUGGAUGGGGGAUACAUCAAUCCGAAUGACAUAAAAUCGUACAAGCACAGAUGCUUGCUCAUUACUAUCCUGAAUACAGCCACACAGAUGUUCUAUUUAAAAUUUACAUUUUACCAUUUGUAUCUCCUAAAGUUGGUUUGCCUCUUCAAGUUAGAUGAGACAGCAAGUGGAGCGUGUAUCGCUCAUCCGGAAGCAACGAUAUUAGCUGAAGAAUAUUCGAUCUUAUUAAAGGAAAUAUGCGAAGAGGAAGAGCAAAUGCUAACCGUUGUAGACGUUUUGAAUUUGGUAGAUUCCCUUGAUAAGCAACUUUCAAUCAGAAAUAAAAACAGUAAAACAGUGGAAAGACAUAUCGAGGCUUUAUGUAAGUAGGAUGACAAUUGUUUCUC